AUGCACUCACUAGCUAGUUUUGCUGCACUGCUCGCAGCUCCGCUUGCUGUGUCGGCUUCACAACGAGCAAGCACGGCGGCAUGCACGCUUACAGCAAGCGGCGGCGAUGACGGCCCCACGUUUGUGCAGGCUGCCCAAGAAUGUUCCACGGUGACCAUCCCCACUGCCACCACGCUCUCGAUCUCCUCCCGAAUGAACAUGACAGGUCUUGCCAACACGGACAUCGAACUGCUCGGAACGGUCGAAUUUUCGAAUAAUAUGACGUACUGGAUAAAUAACGGGUUCUAUUUCGACUUCCAGACGCAGAUUGCGUUUUGGCUUCUCGGGGGAACAAAUGUCCGUCUCUACGGCGGUGGUACUAUCAACGGAAAUGGCCAGGCAUGGUACGAUGCAUUCGCCUCAAACGACACGCUUCUGCGGCCCAUUCUAUUGACGGUCUAUCAAGCCACGGACCUAAGCGUCGAGAACAUCAACAUGCUGAAUGGACCUGAAUGGAUCAAUUUUGUCAACGAGGGCGAGAACAUCCUGUACAACGGUAUCAACAUCAGCGCUGUCUCGACCUCGAGCAACCCGGCUAAGAACACGGAUGGAUGGGACAUCUACCGAAGCAACAACGUCACAAUCAUCAACUCGACCAUCAACAAUGGCGACGACUGCGUGUCCUUAAAGCCUAAUGCGACGAAUAUCGUUGCCUCCUACCUCAGCUGCAACGGGUCCCACGGCAUCUCGGUGGGCUCCCUCGGACAGUACGAAGGAGAAUACGACAUUGUCGAAAACUUUACCUCCACCAAUGUAUACAUCGCCAACGCGGAGAACGGCGCCCGCAUCAAAGCCUUCGCCGGUCCAGGUGUGGGAUCUGGUAUCGUGAAGAACGUUACAUACAGCUUCUUCACGGAGAGCAACGUCGACAGUCCUGUGGUCAUUGAUCAGUGCUACUUCACCUCGGAGGCGAACUGCACCGCAUAUCCGUCGAACGUCUACAUCCAAGACAUCACGUUCACCAACAUGAGUGGCACCUCCUCCGGGAAUGAGAAGAACGUCGUUGCCAGCCUGGCGUGCUCCCCCGAUGGCCGCUGCGAGAACAUCACUGUGAACAACUUCAACCUGGCACCGCCCACUUCCUACGGAAACGCGAACUUCACGUGUCAGAACGUGAACCUCACCGGAAACGCUGCGUCGUUAUUCGGUGAUUGUGCUACAACUUAG